AUGUUCAGGCCGGCCUCCUCCUCGCAAAUAGCGAGGCCGUUUCGGGCGAAGCUUAACUUGCGGCGGUCGUUUGCGACGGUGCAGGACCCACCGCCCAGGCGAUACGGGGGUCUGAAGGACCAGGACCGCAUUUUCACAAAUGCGUAUUGUAGACAUGACCAUGGGCUGAAGGGGGCACAGGCUCGGGGGGACUGGCACAAAACGAAGGAUAUCGUUCUGAAGGGCGACUCGUGGAUCAUCCAGACCAUCAAGGACUCCGGUCUCAGAGGUCGUGGAGGCGCUGGUUUCCCCAGCGGUUUGAAGUGGAGUUUCAUGAACAAGCCUGGCUGGGAGAAGGACCCAAGACCUCGCUACCUUGUUGUCAACGCGGAUGAAGGGGAGCCCGGAACGUGCAAGGACCGGGAGAUCUUGCGUGGUGACCCGCACAAGUUGGUCGAGGGCUGUCUCGUCGCUGGUCGUGCAAUGAACGCAACCGCCGCGUACAUCUACAUCCGUGGCGAGUUCUUCCAGGAGGCGGCCCACCUCCAGCAAGCCAUCAGCGAGGCCUACGCGGCGGGCCUCAUCGGCAAGGACGCGUGCGGCAGCGGUUACUCCUUCGAUGUCUACCUGCAUCGCGGUGCAGGGGCGUACAUCUGCGGUGAGGAGACAGCAUUAAUCGAGUCCAUUGAGGGCAAGCAGGGCAAGCCGCGCCUCAAGCCCCCCUUUCCCGCGGACGUGGGCUUGUUCGGCUGCCCAACCACAGUGGCCAACGUCGAGACCGUUGCGGUCGCGCCGACAAUCUGCAGGCGAGGCUCUGCGUGGUUCGCGGGCUUCGGUCGUGCACGGAACCAGGGUACGAAGUUGUUCUGCAUCAGUGGACACGUGAACAACCCUUGUGUCGUCGAGGAGGAGAUGAGUAUCCCACUCAAGGACCUCAUCGAGAAGCACUGUGGCGGCGUGGUAGGCGGGUGGGACAACCUCCUGGGUAUUAUCCCCGGUGGUAGCUCCGUUCCUGUUCUGCCUAUCAAGCAAUGUGAGGAAGCACUGAUGGACUACGACUCGCUUAAAGACCUACAGUCUGGUCUCGGAACGGGUGCGGUUAUCGUAAUGAACAAGAGCACCGAUAUCGUCAAAGCCAUUGCCCGCUUCGCUCAUUUCUACAAACACGAGUCCUGCGGCCAAUGUACCCCCUGCCGAGAAGGCACGACCUGGAUGAUGAACAUGAUGGACCGCUUCGUUGAGGGCCGGGGGCACCAGCGCGAGAUUGACAUGCUUCUCGAGCUCACCAAGCAGGUCGAGGGGCGCACGAUCUGUGCGCUGGGUGACGCCGCCGCCUGGCCGAUCCAGGGCCUCAUGCGUCACUUCCGCCCGGAGGUCGAGAAGCGUAUCGAGCAGUUCCGUGCGCAGAACGGGACGGUGCUCUUUGGCGGUCGUCUCAAGAGCCAGACGGACCCCACCCUUGCUCUCCCGGAUAAUAUGGGCGCUAAUCUGCCGGAGGUCGCCCCACCCGCACAGCAGUGA